UGGAAUGAAGUUAGAUUGAUUGAUUAAAAAAAUAUUAUUGGCAUUCAAAAUUCCAUCAUGCUGAUAUUUUCCAUGAAAAUUGAUACUCCAUUAAAAAAGAGUUAUAUAUAUUUCGAUACUUAAUAGUGGUACUUAUUUUUCUACAGAUCAAACGCCAGAUCAAUGGAAUCAAAUGUCAGUGGUGUUUAUCGCUGUCAAAAAACAAACUUCAGACAUCAACAAAAACCAAACAAGUUUUUACUCUAGUUCAUUAAUAUUAUUAAAGUUUUGUUAUUUCUUUUCUAGAAUAAGCGAUUCAUUUCGAAUGACUUGCUACAUCGACGGUCGAUGAUCGACCAACAACCAAACAUAAAAUGAACCCCGAAGCAAGCAAUGAGAUGGGAAAAUCUAGCACAAAGACAGACGGAGAAUCUAAAAGCAAUCAAGUUACAGUUUCGACACCAAAUGAAGAAAAACCACCGGACAUUUUCAAACUAGAUGUGGAUUGCUUUGAGGAAGUGUUUGAUUAUUUGUCGCUGAAAGAUUUAGUUUCUGUUGGUCAAACGUGCAAGCGGUUGCAUCGGGUCGCUGGUCACUUUUUUCAGUUGAACUAUGGAGUUGCCAUGGCAUGCUGUGAGAAAAACCUUUCCAUUCGAAGCAUCAUUGUAAACUGCUUCGUUAACUUUAUCGAAAAACUUUGGAUUAUUAACAUAAAUUUUGGCUAUUCUGAUACUGAAGAUGAAGAAGAUGAAAACUAUGGACACGAUAAGAAAUCUCUUGGUCGACUUCCAUUUCAAGAUGUUGCCGAUUUCUUUCAUACCCAGUUAUGUAAUUACAAAUCGCUCAAUUUAGUUGAAAUGACCGCCAGUGGAGUAAGCCGUAAACAAUUCGAAGGCAUUAAACGAUUCCUUGAUAAGGUUGUAAGUGUCAAAGUAUGGCCAAAUUCUUUGCCACUAGAAGAGGGCUUUUUCCAAUCUUUCCUAAAAUUCUGCACAAAUUUGAAGCGUUUGUCUGUUGUUCUGGUGACCACCGAUCUAAUUGUUGACCAAAAUGAUUGGCUUUUUCGAAAUUAUCCACACCUAGAACAUUUUGAAUUACAAAUGUUCACAGUUCAUAAAAUUGAAGCAAUGGAAGUUUUUCUGCAACUCAACCCAAACAUACGUACACUUGCAAUUUACGGGAAAAUUUUGUGGACAAACAGAGAAUCGUUCAUUAAUAUCGGUCAUAAACUGAAUGUUUUAGCCACAACAUUCGUUGAAAAUGAUUUCAAUCCAAUUGAAUUCCAUCUAUUCUGCAUCUUUUUGAAUGUACUUCACGAACGUGGAUUUUACAAACGAUUGCAUUUAUAUUUCCCUGGUGCCUGCUUCAAACAGAGUCAUGCCAGUGAAUUGGUUUCGCUAAAAGGUCUAGUAAAAUUAGUAAUCAUAAAUCCACAUGCAUCCAUCAAUUUAUCUGCAUUAUCCGAUUUAGAAGAAUUGUUUAUCGGUAAAAGUAAUUUUAUAGCUGACUUGAAAGACUUGCCGGACACCCUCACUAAUCUAAAACGGAUUCAAUUUUUAACCACAAGUUUGGAUGAUAUUUUGGUUUUUGUUACACGUGCAAAUAAACUGAACAAAUUCAAAUUUAAUUUAAUCAAGAAUGAGAUCAGUGGUGAAUGUAUCGACAUAUUGGAUUUAUCCAUGCUGAAUGAAGAGCGUGCAAAAUUGGCAGGAGCAAACAAAAUUAUGAUUUAUGUUAGCGAAAAAAUUUAUUUGGCAACAAAAUGGGUGAUGAACCAGACUAAUCACAGUUUUAUUGAAAUGAAACGCAUCACAUCGUACGAUUGGCGACAUGAAUUUGAUGAUGCUUCAACUGAAAAAUAAUUGUUCAUUCUUUUCUUAUUUAUCAAAUAAAUGAUACCUGUGUUUCUUUUCUUCAAUCUAAUCAUAUUUAUUUUUAAAAAAUGAUCUUCCUUGAAGUACUCGAAAUAUUAAGUAUAUAGUAAUAUACUCAAUCAUACUAUUAAAUAGAAUGUCAAUUCAAUGGAAUGAAACGUCAAAUAAUAUUCCAUCAAAACAGCUGUCACUCCGAAAACAGAAUAUAAUUUAUUUGUUCUCUCUUGUGCGUAAAUCACUAUCAAUUGAAUGUAAUCAAAUGGAUGGAGACAUCAAUAGGAGUGGACCAAGUUCCAAAAGAAGGAAAUCAAACAACGAAGACAAUAAACAGGAAGCAGUUGAAAUUGCUGUUGCUGUUCGGAAUGCAGAACCACUUCCAGAUAUUUUCAAACUAAAUGUCGAUUGUCUUGAAGAAAUAUUCGACUAUUUGUCGCUGACGGAUUUAUCGGCUGUUGCUCAAACAUGUAAAAAAAUGCAAAAAAUUGCCGGCUAUUGUUUUCAACAAUCUUAUGGAGCUGCUAAAGGAUCUAUCGAAAUGAAUGACAGCAUUUUUGUCAAUACAGUCAAAGUAAAUUGUUUUAUGGGUUUCAUGCAAAAAGUGAGCAUCGACGAUGAUCAUUUGUCCGAUGAAGAGGAAGUGGCUGACAGUGAAGAUAUCGACAUGCUCGACCGAAUAGAAUACAACAAGCCGCAGGAUUUCAUUGGUUUUUUGGGACAAUUUGAUUCGCUCAAAGAAAUUGAAAUUGGUUAUGUCAAUUUGACAAUGUCUCGAAUUGAAAGCAUGAAAAACAUUCUCAAUAAGGUUGAUUGUUUGACGAUAGACGACUGCGAAUAUGAAGGUCAAUUGCUCGACUCCAUUCUUGCUUCGUGUUCAAAUCUAAAAUAUCUAUGUAUGGAUGGUUCGGCUUUAAUUGGAAAUGAUAGAUUGCAAUGGCUGCACCGACACUAUCCCAGGUUGAAAGGCAUUGAAUUAUUGCCGGUCGUGAAAGAUCAGGUGAUGGAACUGAAAACUUUUUUCCUGCUAAAUGCAGGCAUUCAAAAAUUGGCGAUCGGCGAUGAAACUCUUUGGCUCAACCGACAAUUAAUUACGGACAUAGAACUCAAAUUGGAUGUGUUAGCAAUUGAACACAACAAAAGUUGUAAUUUGGAUUUAUUUCGACAACUACUGAAUGAACUUUAUGAACGUGGAUUUUACAAACGAUUGCAUUAUUAUUGUCCGUCCGGUUUGCAACAAGAAAUAAUCGAUAAACUGGCUUCAAUGAAUAGUUUGAUGAAGCUCCGAGCAAAAUCCGAUUCACAACACUUCACCUUGUCCGCUUUGAUCAAUCUCGAGGAAUUGUGCAUUAGUAAGAGUUGUUUAAUUUCUGACCUGAAAUCAUUACCCUUAAUCCUCAAUAACCUCAAAAUGAUCCAUUUUGGUGAAGCUAGUUCUGACGAUAUUUUGGCUUUCAUCAGUAGAGCAGUGAAAGUGAACAAAAUCAAGGUGUUAUUUUUAUUGAGCGGUGCACAUUUCGACAAAUUUACGAAUAUUCUAGAUUUAUCAGCGCUGAACAAAGCACGUGAAAAAUUGGCUGUCGCAUCUAAAGUCACAAUUUAUGUUGCUGAAACCGUUUAUUUGGCAACGAAAUGGGUAAUGGAAAAAACUGAUUACAGCUUGAUUGAAAUGAAACGUAUCGACUCGUACGAUUGGCAACAUGAGUUCACCUCCCAUUAUUAUAAAUAUGAUUAUUAAUAGAGUGUUGUGCUAUGGGCUUCAAUUUUUAUUGGCCACUUUGUUGAUGGCCAAAGAAAUAAAAACAAAACCGCAGAGCUUUACUUCGCUCCGCUCUGCGUUCUUGAGUUUUUAGUUACUCAAUCUAUUUUGUUGUUUCACAACAAACUAUUCUUUGGCGCACUACAUGAAAUGUAUUUCAUCAAAGUAACUUUGAAGUAAUAUAUGCAUUUGCAAAAUGAAUUACAAGAUCUAAGUUUUAUUUCUUUUUUGAAAUAUACUGCCUUUGGUUUAAAUUAAAUAAAUAAUAUGAGCAAAGAAUCUAAAAUCACUUUAAUUCUGUUCAAGACUCAGAAAAUAUUAUACGAAAAAUUAAUGUAAUUUUCAAACAACAUUUGAUAAUAAAAAUUUGAUUGGCGCUUUGAAA